AUGGAGUCCAAACCUUCCGUGUCCGUCAACAAGGGAGCUGGGUAUCUUGAUGCUGGCCAUGAACAAGUUACUUCUAUUCUCCCCGAUGGCGAUGUUCCAUAUAUGGAUCAUGAUAUGGAUGCCGAUGAGAGGGUAAUUACGGCGCUAGGAUAUAAGCAGGAAUUUAAGCGCGAGUUUUCGUUGUGGACGACUUUUUGUGUUAGUUUUGCUGUUUUGGGGUUGUUGCCUUCUUUUGCGAGUACUCUUUACUAUGGCAUGGGAUAUGCCGGAACAGCAGGUAUGGUCUGGGGCUGGAUAAUAGCCAUGAUUUUCAUCCAAUGCAUUGCAAUGUCGAUGGCAGAGCUUUGUUCAGCCAUGCCUACAAGCGGCGGCCUCUACUACGCAGCCGCAGUACUCGCACCACCAGGCUACGGCCCCUUCGCAGCAUGGAUAACAGGCUGGUCAAACUGGAUCGGCCAAAUCACAGCAGCGCCUUCAGUGAACUACUCGCUAAGCGCAAUGAUCCUAGCAGCAGUCUCAAUCCACAAACCGGAUUACACCCCAACACACUGGCAAACCUUCCUUCUAACAACCCUGAUAAUGAUUAUCCACGCCGCAAUCAGCAGCAUGCCCACCAAACGCGUCGCGCAAUUCAACUCCUGGGGCUCAACCUUCAACUUCCUAGCCCUAAUAGCCGUCAUAAUCCUCAUCCCCGCUAACACGAAAAACGUCCCCAAAUUCACCCCUUCCCACGAGGUUUGGUCCCACAUCACGAACCUGACAGAUUUCCCCGACGGGGUCGCAGUCCUAAUGACCUUCGUUGGCGUUAUCUGGACGAUGUCAGGCUACGACUCGCCCUUCCAUCUCAGCGAGGAAUGUUCGAACGCGAAUAUCGCCUCGCCGCGCGCGAUCGUGCUCACGUCCGGCGUGGGCGGGCUCAUGGGCUGGUUCUUACAGCUUGUCGUUGCGUACACGGUAUUGGAUAUUGAGGCGGUUAUCGAUUCUGAUUUGGGACAGCCGUGGGCGUCAUAUUUGUUGCAGGUUAUGCCGGCAAACACAGCCAUGGCAAUUCUCGCACUUACUAUUGUUUGUGGGUUUUCCAUGGGGCAGGGGUGUAUGGUUGCUGCGUCUAGGGUCACGUAUGCCUAUGCUCGAGACGAUUGUUUCCCCUUUUCGUCUUAUUGGAAGCGGGUUAAUGGGUAUACGCAGACCCCUGUUAAUGCUGUUAUUUUGAAUGCCGUGCUUGGGAUCUUGAUGUGUCUGCUUAUACUUGCGGGUGAGGUUGCUAUUGGGGCUUUGUUUUCGAUUGGUGCUAUUGCGCAGUUCUUUGCGUUUGCUGUUCCUAUUUGUAUUCGGGUUUUCUUUGUUGGGAAUCGGUUUAGGAAGGGUCCCUGGCAUCUUGGACCAUUUGGUCCUUGGAUUGGUGGGAUGGGUGUUUCGUUUGUGUUGCUUAUGGUGCCGAUUUUGUGUUUGCCUAGUGUUACUGGGAGUGAUUUGGCGCCCGAUCUGAUGAACUGGACAUGUCUUGUGUGGGGUGCGCCUAUGUUGGCUGUUACCGUUUGGUGGGUUGUUGAUGCUCGGCGCUGGUUUACUGGCCCUGUUGUCAAUGUUGAGCAUGCUAUUCAUGCGAUUGAACAGGAGCCGGUUGUUAGUGAGGGAAUUGAGCCUGAGUCUCAGGGGACGGAGACUAGUGCUUUGCCGCGUAAGUCAGAUGAUCCUGAUAAUCCUCUUUGA